UCGAUAGAGAUUAUGGGUGGGAAACCAGUCUGUCGCCAUUCGCCAAUACAUUUGAGAAAACCAUGAAAAACACACGCAAAACAAACGUGUGUGCGAGUGGUGUACUAGUGUAUGUAAUUUUUUUAUUAUAAUUUUUUUCCACCUCUCACACUGUAAAUCGCUCCCUCUCAUACGACGAAUAAUAAUAUUUUAAUAACGCCGCGGAUAUUUAUUACAUUAUAAUAACUGUUGUGAGCUGAACACGGAAAUAGAUUUUCGGCUUAAAUCUCACGGCGUGUUGUUGGUCAUUUGGCAAAAAAAAAUACACGGAAUCGCUGCCGAUGUCUUGCCGUCUUAUCAUAAGUUUUUUUUGUUUCCAAGACGAACAAUAGUAGAGUAGUAAACUAUAAUAAUAAUUAUUAUAUAUAUAUAUAUAUAUAUAGUAGUAGUGGUCUAGUGGUCGUAGUAGUGGUGUUUCCUUUUUGGCUCUAUCCGAAAACAGCAAUCAAUUUUUUUUUCCGGACAACACAAUAUUAAAAUAUUCUGAUUUUCGAAAAUCAAAAAUUACACGCACACAUCCACACACGUAUAUAACACACACACAUGCACGGUACACAUAUUACACCAAAUUCAUGUAUACGCAUGUGUGUUAUUAUUACUGUUUUGUGUUUUCAUUUUAAAAAUGAUAAACGUCCGAAUGGCGUAUUAAAUUUCACGGGACCACCGUCGUAAACACGUCGUCCCGGAACAGUCGUAACCGGACCGCAGUCGCCAGUCGACGUUCACGUCGGAUUUAUCGUACCAUCGGUAAGUGGUUGUAUUUUGAAACCUUUAUUCACAACUAUGUGGUGGUGUAUAGCUCAAAAAUAUUUUAUUUCAGAAUAUAUUUUGUGAAGGAGAUAUAGGUCGUUACUGUUAUAACUUACAUGUAACUGUUGGAAGAAAUCCUUCCCUAUUUCGGUGAUUGAUAUUCAGAAAAUAAGAAUUGUCUCUUCAGGCGCAAUGAAUCCUGCUGUUAAUAUUUCUAGUGUGCGAUACAUCAUUAGUGAUGAAUUAAAUGGAUCCUCAGAUAGGUUGGCUGCAACCAGAACAAGUAGGUCCCGCUCAAGAAUUUUGGUCCAGAAUUUUGGACUCCUCUGAAGAUACCGACAGUGACGAUAAAUAUAGUACUGAAACUGUUCAAGAGGAAGAAGACGACGACAAAUAUACGUUGCCAUUGGAUUGGAAGUUUGAUUUUUCUAUAGACGAACAAGAAAUCAAGACUAAUAAUCUAUAUGAGCAAGGCUUGUUCACAAACAUAGCCAGUACAUACGACAUGAACAAAAUGCAAGCACAUUACAUUGGCAAAUUUGGUGGGUGUCCAUGGAGACAUGGAAAGAGUUAUGACCGCCAACCAAUUUGCACACUCCAUAAAGAGAUAGAAGACUUUUUUGCGUAUAUGUCAGCCACACCAGAAGAGCAUAGCAUGCGGCUUGAUGUACUGGAACGUGUUACCAAUGUUAUACAUGCUGAAUGGCCUAAAGCUAAAGUUGAAGUAUUUGGUAGUUUUCGAACAGGACUUUAUUUACCCACUAGCGAUAUGGAUCUAGUAGUUAUAGGUGAAUGGGAUACGUUACCAUUGCAUUCACUUGCUCAAGCUCUACUUAAAAAUAGUGUCUGUAACGAAAACAUUCAAGUUCUUGACAAAGCAUCGGUUCCAAUCGUUAAAAUGACAGAUAAGGCUACUGAUGUUAGAGUGGAUAUUAGUUUUAACAUGAAUAAUGGUGUUAAAUCAGCUGAAAUGAUAAAACACUAUAUGGAUGUUUUUCCAAUGCUUCCUAAACUUGUAUUAGUGUUGAAACAAUUUUUAGCCCAGAGGGACAUGAAUGAAGUGUUCUAUGGAGGUAUAUCUUCUUACAGUUUGAUCCUUAUGGUCGUCAGUUUUUUACAGUUACAUCCUAGAGGAGAUUUAAAUUAUCCCACUGCCAAUCUAGGUGUAUUGUUAAUAGAGUUCUUUGAACUUUAUGGCAAAAAAUUUAACUAUAUGCAUACAGCUAUACGUGUGAAAGAUGGUGGACAAUACAUAUCUAAAGACGAAGUCCAAAAAGACAUGGCUGAUGGUCAUAGGCCAAGUAUUUUAUGUAUAGAGGAUCCAUUAACUCCUGGAAACGAUAUUGGCCGUGGUUCUUAUGGUGCUCUUCAAGUAAAAAGUGUAUUUGAAUAUGCAUUUACUACAUUAAAAGCUGCCCUCGACCCCCAAAUUGUUUCACCUAGUUUUAGUAUACUUGGACGAAUAGUACGAGUUAAUGACAAAGUUAUACUUUACCGGCAGUGGGUUAGAGAUACUUAUGCCUUACAAAAUACUCAAAGAGUGAUAAUUAAUAAUUAUUUGACCACUAGUAAUAUUAGUAACAAUGUUAGUGUGUCUACAACUACUAGUAGUAGAGCUUCUACAGUAUCUUCUGGUUCUGGAUCAGCUGAAUCUGAUUCUGAGAGUAGUAUAGAAAAAUUAAGUGAUGCUGGUGACCACAAUGAUCAGAAUAGUAAUUACCAACCCAGACGUAAAAAUCCACAUUAUCAUAGACAUAAUAGUUGGAAUAAUCAACAGAAUUAUCAAAUGAUUAACACUGGUAAUCACCCACCUACACGUACUCAAAGGAUAAUAUGCACUAGUCCAGCUAAUAAUUACCAACAUCGUGGUUUUACAAACAACAAUUAUAAUAAUAAUUAUAACCACCAUCAAAACUACCGGCCAAACACGGGAAAUAAACACCAGUAUACGGGAAAUUACCAACCACAUUUUGGUAAUUUAAUGUCACACAAACGGCAAAAACGAAAAAACCAAACCCAAGAUGUAAGAUAAUACAUGCGCGUCCAAUAUUGAAACUUAAAAAAAAUAAGACAAAGUAAAUGAUAACUUAAAAUAUAAAAAAAAAAUAAAAAAUAAAAUUAAAAAAAAAUAACAAAAAUACCAAAAACGUAAAAAAAACCAUGAGGAUCGUCCUUUUUCGACGAUUUUUUUUUCUUAAAUCUAAAACAAUCAUAUUUAUUAUAUAGAAAAA